AACAAAACAAGAUGGCGACCAAGAAAGUGUUGGAAGUUGAUGAGACUUCGAUAGUAGAUUUGAAGGCUGAGUUGUUUCGAAAAGAGCRGCAGUUUCGUAAGGACAGUGGAGCAGCUAAGACGAGCAGAUCAGCUGAUAUYAAAAAGAAACCUCCAGUAUGGAGCAAGCAACCCAAGAAUACCACAUCCCAGGUCAGAACACRACAAACACAAGUGAAUGAUGGUCCGACAGAAGAUGAAAAGUCUUUGCAGAAAUCAAGGCAAAUGCUUGAAGCAAAAGCAGCUCUGUAUGAAAAAAUGGCCAAGGGKGAAAUUGAAGAAAAUGAGGAGGAAUCAGAAUCAGGAGAAGGAAGAUUCUUGGUUGACUUUCAUAAAAARAUUUAUAAUGAGGUAAAAAGACAGGAAGGUGAUGAAGAGGAUAGCGAAGACAUUGGCCCCCCUACCCCAYCCCCCUCAUGUCCAGAAGAAGAAUGGGUUGAUUAUGUUGAUUCGCUUGGCCGUUCAAGGAAAUGUCUCAGGAAAGAUUUAAAGGAGCUACAAGAAAGAGACAGAGAACURCUUCCAAGAAAAAGCCCCAGUCCACCAACUUUAUUAUCUGACGACAUGAGAAGAGAAAUAAUGAGAAAUAAAUGGGAAAAAGAAGAAGAGGAAGCUAGAAACCAACCUGUUGGCCCAACACAUUACCAAAAUAUCCAGUUUGAUGAGGUCCGCAACCAUGGAGUUGGAUAUUAUCAGUUUUCCAAGGUCGAAGAAGAACGUCAAAAACAAAUGGAAACAUUAAAAAAGCUAAGAGAAGAGACUCUAGACCAAAGAUCACGCAUUGAGAAGAUCAAGGACAGACGCAAGGCAGCAUUAGAAGCACGACUUGCUAAAGUUCGUGCGAGGAAAAAAAUGAAAACAGGUGAAGAUGCUGGAGACGGGGAUGUGCCUUCAUCGACAGAGGAUAAAGAUAGUGUAGAAAACGAAAAUAAAAAUGAAGAAGAAAUAGAAARUAAAGAGGAAAAAGAAAUGAAAACACAAGUGAGAAAACCAGUUGAUAACGCUGAUGAGGAGUUUGAACAGGAUGAGGGAAAAAAGGCCAAUAGGAAGAAACAGCUACCGGAAUGGGCUCRACACAAGAUAGCCCAACCUGAUAUAGCAACUACUUAUUUGAAGAGGAGAAGAGAGGAAAGAACUGAAGAUUUCRCUCCCCCUUCAUUUUACUACGAGGCAACAAACAAUGACUCCAAACAAGAAGCUGGUAAAAAACCUUGGAAGGGUAAUAAGGGACAAAGAUUGUCUACCCAGAAGGAUGAUAGUAUGUCCAGUUAUACUGAAACAAGAACAGUGGAUGAUACAACACAAGGGAUGCAAGAAGUAACAAACAAUGAUAAUGUAAUACCACAAUAUCCACACUACACUCCCCCUCCAGGGAAUUUUUCCUUUCAACAACCGCCGCAAAGCCAAAACUAUCCGCCAUUACCCCUCCCCCCACAGGAAAACCAUCCUUACCCACCUCCCUUCGUUCCUCCAUUCCCCCCUCCUCAGUAUUAUGGGACGAUGCCUCCACCUCCGCUCCAACCUUCAUGGUUAGCUCCACCUCCUUGGCAACAGUUUCCAGGGCAACAGGCUGACCAAAAUCAGGAGAUCUUACAAAUAACUGGUAACAAAGUUUCGUUGUCGAAAGAAAAGUCUUCUGAAUCCGAGCAAACAAAGUACGAAUUCUCCUUAAAUGAAAACCAAAAAAUUGAAACCUCAACCCAUGCCUCCACGUCGAGUGUCAUGACGUCAGACCGUAACGUAGCAACAACAAAGACAAAUCAAAUCGUUGCUGACUUCGUCUCGAGUCUUCGUCCUAAAUCCUGAUGAACGGUUCGUUCAUUGGGGAUUGGACAAUAAUGCAAGAAAUUGGUUUUCUAUUGGUUGAUAUGGGCCACCAUGUCUCUGAUUGGUUAUCUAAAUGUUUAACAAUCAUAAAUACACAUGCCAUUGUGAUAACUUGUAGAAUUGUUUAUUGUAAUCCAGCAAYACCAUCAGACUAUAGUAGAACAAGAUUAUUAAACAAGGAAAAGAAAAUUAUGGACACUAAAUGAAAUCUAGCAUUUGUUUAAUCGAAACGUUACAAAUAUCGAUAUGCGGGAUAUAUUAUUCGUAAUGACUGCUGGUAACCACGUGAUUAUUGUGAAUGCUAAUAUUAAUCACGUGAUAUACUGGGGCCUGUUGUCAUAGAUACAAACAACUKGGUCUAGUUAGUCGGGCACUCCCAGUAAUGUAUUAUACAAUAUAUCUUACUGGGCGGUCUAUGAUAGCGUCGCCGAGAGAAGAAUCGUUUGCGGGUGCCCCAACGUAUUCUCUUUGUACCAAGUGAUGACCUUUUGUCAUCAUCAUCAUCAUCAUCAUCAUCAUCAUCGCCGAAAUUGCCUUCACUCAAGCUAUUAUCAUUGUAUCGAGUACAUUCACAUGUAUAUGGGGAUGUUGCCAUUGGGACUAGCUUGUUAAUCGUUCUGCCUUCUGAUGAACAUGUGACGCCCACUAACACGUGACCCUGUUAAGUAAAAGCAACAAGUGUUUCGUUAA